UCACCCGUGAAAAAGAAGAAGAAAGCCCUGUAGCCAGAGAGGAGAGGCUAAUGUACGUUACACUACACUACAUUUGGGACUUACCAGCACAUACCGCGACGACGGCAAUGAUUGACCGAGUCCGAGGAGCUUUUCCCGGUCAUGUCCUCACUUUCGCACAGGUGUCCCACUUGAAGUAACAACAAAAGAGAAAAGAGCGCAGAGCUGUGUCGGAGACUGGGGGGCAUGGCGGUGGGCCAGGAGGAACGAUACCGCUGGACCUCUCGCCAUUUUUCGAACACGAGAAAGCUGCCGUGUGUGGGACUCUUGAGGAUAUUAUUUAUUGCCUUUAUCCACACGACGCGGGCGAAUAAACAAGCAUUCAUUCAGUGUGACACAGUUCUCGAGGUUCUACAUUUUGGUGAUGGAGGCGCUUUACCGGCUGACUCCGACAUCAAUGUUAAUUUAUAUCAACAAAGCACGGCCCCGCAAGGUGGGAGCUGCCGACCCAUACGCUUCGAACCUCCAAUGUUGGACUUUCACAAACAGCCUGUGGGGAUGCCAAAAAUGGAGAAAGUUUAUUUACAUAAUCCUAGCUCAGAAGAAAUUAGUUUGAUAUCAAUAUCAGCGACGACGGCGCAUUUUCACGCCUCCUUUUUCCAGAACAGGAUAAUCCCGCCAGGAGGGAACACAUCGUUUGAUGUCGUGUUCCUCGCGCGAGUCGUCGGGAAUGUAGAAAACACAUUAUUUAUUAAUACGUCACAUCACGGAGUGUUUACAUACCAGGUUUUUGGGGUGGGGAUCCCAAACCCUUACAGGCUCCGUCCCUUCGUCGGGGCUCGAGUCCCAGUAAACAGCAGCUUCUCGCCGCUAAUAAACAUCCAUAACCCCUACAGUGAGCCACUUCAGGUGGUUGAGAUAUAUUCCAGUGGAGGGGAUCUACAUCUAGAGCUUCCCACGGGGCAGCAGGGAGGCACUGGGAAAUUAUGGGAGAUUGCGCCCUUCGAGACGAAGGGCGUGAUGAGAGCCAGCUUUUCGUCCAGAGACGAGGAUAACCACACGGCUUUCAUCCGAAUCAAAACCAACGCACCCAACGAAGACAAGUUUAUCAUCCUGCCCGUUGAAGUGGAGGUUACAUCAGCACCUGGUAUUUACUCUUCCACAGAAAUGCUCCACUUCGGCACAUUACGCUCUCAAGAUCGGCCAAAACAGAUGGCUUUGUAUCUUUUAAAUUCUGGAACAAAAGACGUUCCCAUUACAAGCAUCCGUGCGACGCCGCCCAAUGACGCCAUCACGAUAGACUUUAAAGCCAUCACGCUCAGAGUGGGAGAUAGCAAAUACACCAAAGUAGCUACUAUUAGCUUUGAUGCCUCCAAGGCCAGAAGACCAUAUCAGUUCUUUGGUAAAAUCACAGUGAAAGCGAAGGAAAAGACUUACUCCAAGCUCGAAAUCCCCUACCAGGCAGACGUUUUAGAAGGUUACCUGGGCUUUGACCACACAGCGACGUUGUUCCACAUUCGUGACAGCCCAGUGGACCCGGUUGACCGGCCCAUAUUCCUCACAAAUUCCUUCAGCUUUGCCAUACGGAUACACAACGUGUCGCUGCCCGAAGAGGCCAAAACCAUGUUCAGCGUACAAAACUUUACCUCGCCGGUGCUGGUCCCCGCACACGAGUCGCGCUACAUCUUCUCGCUACUCUUCCAACCGGUUCGGCCGUCCAUCCAUAUCGACAGCAACAUCCUGCUCAUCACCAACGCGUCGAAGUUUCACCUGCCUAUCAGGGCCUACACAGGCUUCCUGGAGCCUCAUGUGCUGCAACCCAGCUUGAAGAAGAACAUACUAGACUUUGGCAUCCGCAGCGCCACAGACACCAGCAGCAUCAUAUUUGUGGUGGUCAACAGCAACCCCAUAGAGUUGGAGAUAAGGUCCUGGCAGGUGACGGGUGACAGCCUCUCAAUGGAGCUGCUCAAGGCUGAGAAAGGAAACGCUACAAUGGCAUCCAGUCGCCUGCGGGACCUGCAGAAUGUUUCUGCGUCUCAUCACAAAACGGUUUUUAUAGGGUCGGGCUUUUACGCCGCCUUCCGCGUGACACUGGUGGCCAAUGCACUGGAGGGCACAUAUGACGGAGCUGUGCACAUCACCACAGACUACGAGAUAUUAACCAUCCCGGUGAAAGCUCUUAUCGCGGUGGGCGCAUUAACCAGCUCCCCCAAACACCUCAUCCUGCCUCAUUCAUUUCCAGGAAAAGUUGUGCACCAAAUUUUCAGCGUCCGCAGCUCGUUCUCGCAAAAAGUGAGGCUCGAGCAGAUUCGCUCGCUGACUGAAGAUAUCCGCUUUUACUACAAGCGCUUGCGCAACAACAAGGAUGAGCUCGAGCCCAAGCGCAAAUCCAAGGUUGCAAAUAUUUAUUUUGACGCCAGUUUGCAGUGUGGAGAUCACUGCUAUGUGGGGCUGCCUUUCCUGUUUAAAUCGGAGUCGAAGCCUCAUGGGAUGGUGCUGCAGGAGGACAUUUGGGAUUCCGAUGUGGAUCUCCACCAGAAACUUCUCAGGCGAUGGAAUGAGUUGAAAGUGCUCUCCGGCCACAUAGUCGAAGCCAUGUUUGAAGUCAACACGGAUCUCCAGAAAAAUGUCCAGGCCAAAAUUACAGCCGAGCUGAUCUGGCCCUCGCUGAUCAACUCCACGCGGCACGUAACGUUUCCGCUGACCAACACAAACAGCUCAGCUGAAAGAGAGAUAACGCUGCAAAAUCCAGCCGACGUUCCCGUGUACGUCCAAGUGCUCCCGCUGGCGCUACUGCCCAACCCAUCGAUCUUCUCAGAAAAGUUGUUAGACAGAUGGCAACCCGAAAAUCUUUCCAGCAUCAACAUUGACCCACACACGAUGGAGUUCCAAGUGCAAAGAAACCAGUCGACUGCGGCGAAGAGCGGCAUCGGUUUUGCGGAGGGAUCAAGCCGGCCCUUUGUGUACAACCUGGUCCUGAUGCCCAGGGAGGUGAAGUCCUUCAACGUAAGAUUCACGCCCGUCCGCAACCACAGCGUCUCCUCGCUGCUCAUAGUCAGGAAUAAUCUGACUGUGAUAGACACCAUCGUCCUGCACGGCCACGGCACCACCGAAAGCCUCAAAGUCGCUGGGAAAUCUCCGGGACAUGGCAGCUCGCUGAGGUUCAAGAUGACGGAAGCGCUGCUGAGAGAAUGCACAGACAAAAAAAGAAUCAAGGAUCCAACUUACACGCUGAAGAGAACAUUCCGCAUCGAGAACACGGGCCUGCUCCCCAUCACCAUCCGCUCGGUGGAGAUCAACGGACAAGCGUGCGAAGGAUUCGGAUUCAAGGUUCUGAACUGUCAAGAGUUUUUACUUCAACCCAACACGUCCGAAGACCUCGUCAUACUAUUCACGCCGGACUUCACCACAUCGCGAGUGAUACGCGAGCUCAAGUUGGUGACGUACGGAGGCUCGGAGUUCCUCUUCGUGAUGAACGCCUCGCUGCCCUAUCACAUGCUGGCGGCGUGCGCCGAGACCCUGCCCCGGCCCACCUGGGAGAUGGAGCUCUGUAUCAUUGUGGCCGUUGUCAUGAGUUCCAUGUUUCUCUUGGUGAUCGGCACGGCCUACCUGGAAGCGCAGAGCAUCUGGGAGCCUUACAAGAGGCGCGUGUCUGUCGAGACCAACUGCACCUUGGAGACGGGAAGGCCAUUUAAUCUCAGGGAGAUAGUACAACUGCACAGCGAGUCAAAUGACUCAUCUCAGACCUCGAGGGGCUUGUACGGUGCAACCAACGGAGCGACGCGGGGAGGCCGACAUGGCAACAGCCGGACCCUGUCUGACUCUGAUGUCCAAGACAAGCGCUCCAGGAUGAGCCUGAGCCGCUCGUCUAUGCCUUUGCAAGCCGCUUCCUCCUCCAAUCUGCCCAGAGGGGGAAGCUACACCUCCGGCCAGGAAGUCGCCACCCCGCCCCCUAACUGCCAGAUGACCAACCGCAAAGCUCGCAGCGCCAAACCGGACCUUCAGGGUCCAAGUUUAGCCACGUCGUCGUCGCCGCCGCAAAGAGGGGGCGCCUCCGACACGGAAUACGCUAACCUGGUCAACGCCAUGGAUACCGACCGCCAACGUCCAGAGUCACUCGUACAAACGUUAGACGACCAAAGUUCACAGUUACUUCACAACAAAGCGUUGGAAUCCAAAGGGAAACUGCGGGGCAAAACAAAAGUGCAGCGGAAAAAGGAAGAGAAGGUGAAGAAAUCCAUAGUCAAGACGCCGGGCGAUGAGUUAAAAGACAACUUGGCCGAUAACGACGACACCUCCUCCACCACCACGGAGACCUCAAAUCCGGACAUGGAGGCCAGCAUCAAAGAGGAACCCCUGAAAAAGAAAGGAAGCGCAGGAAUUCCGGCAAAAGAAGAAACAAAUUCAAAUUUCCUUAUCAAACAGAAACCCAAGAAACAAGGAGCCGCAAAAAAGGAGGUCCAAGCUGAAAAAGCCAGUUCCCUGGAGUUGCCGUACGUGACGCCGCUGGAAAACAAACAGCGCAAGGGAUUCACGUCCAAAUCACACCAACCACUCACCAGCGCUCCCAAGACGAGACCAGUGCAGAAUCCCAAAUUGGAAGCAAAGCUGGAAGAAGGUCGCUCCUCUCUGUUGGCCAAACUGCUGUCAGGUUCCGUGCAGGAGCUCGGACACAGCAGCAGCUCGGAAGGCGAGAAGGAGUUUGCCUCCCCCGAGUGGGACAUCCCCGUCUGCAAAAACAGCGUUCAAGCAGACAGUCUCCAGCAGAUCUCCAUCCAGACAUUAAACGCAGACCCCUUCCUCAAGCGAUCCUCCACGCCGGGGGCUUGCUCUCCACCGCCCACCUCCCCCAGCCUGCUGUCUCGCGGCACCUACAGCAGUGUCCUCAACAGCAACAGCGACGUGAACCACAAUAAAGCUCCAGGAAGCAAAGCUUGCUGCCCCGCGCCACUUCCCGGCAAAAACGGAAACCCCACCUUUGCCGCUGUUGCCGCUGGUUAUGACAAGAGUCCAGGUGGUUCUGGAUCGGGCAGGGUCGAAGGCCAAUCAAGGAGUCUGGCGCAUACGAUGUCGGUCGAGAGUGACAGCUCCGACAGCUCAGGGUUAUGGAGUCCCAUCGACACAAUUAGCGGUUCAAAUUUUAACUCCACCAACUCCUUCUCCGCUUUUGGGCCCAAUAACUCCUUCAACCUGACAGGAGUUUUCAGCGGAAUGAGCCUCCAGAAGCCAUCGGAGCCUCAGUUGAGCUGGCCCGACUUCACCACGGUGCCGUCGUCCAUCUGGGACAUGCCCAGUGCGGACCCCCUCUACUCCUGGCCCGCCAGCUCCAGCUCGCCCACUGCACCCACCUCAUCACUCCUGGGAAGCAGCCACAACCCAUGGUCCGCCAGCGCCGCCUUCGGCAACUCCAUUUGGUCGGCGAGCACAGAAUCGUCGCUGCACCCCUACUCGCCGGCUGUCAAUUCUCCCACGCUGACGGACCCCCUGGAAUCUUCCCCGUCGCCCUCGGCCGACAUGAGCCGCACGUACAACCCGUGGAGCAUGUGGCGGCCCACGCUCGGUCGGCGGAGCUCGGAGCCCUGGCCCAGUCCCUCAGAGGACGCCAAUUAAAACGGCACUUAAGGCGGCGACCUGAUAUAUUUUUCUCAAGCGUAACGGGAACGAUUUCGAACACUCGCCAUUCUGUUAGUUUUUCCCGACGCAUUUUAUUCACGGGGGGCCGAUACUUUUAUUUGUUUUAACAGAGGUGCACCCCCUCUAAAAUGAGACGUUACGGCUGGAAGUUUGGUUCGCCGUGCAGAAUCUCGGUUCAGUAUUAAAAAGUUCAACGUUUUUCAAGAGUUUUAUUGCAAUCAGUUUCAUGGACUUUCAGCCAAGCGCACAGCAGCUCAGAUUGGACAGCGACCUUGGCUCUGAUUGGACGUUUCAUGAAAAGGCUCCCCGUUUUAAAAGUCCAACAAUUACUUGAGUUUGAGGUUUGAAUUACACCAGGCCUUCAUUUGUCAGAAAAUUACAAUAAAGAAUUUCAGCACAGCA